UUGUAUUGUAGCAGUGGGAGAUGGGAGUUGAGGGAAAAGCGAGCGAGCAGAGGAAAGAGAUCGAAGUGUGUGUGUGAUCGAGAAAGAUGGGGUUAGAAUCGGUGGGAGAUUUAGCGAUUAACGUCAUUCUGAAAAAAUUAGGAGCCGAAGACAUUGGCAGAGUGGGGUGUGUGAGUAAGAGAUUUAGGUCUUCCGCUUCCGAUGACACUCUUUGGAUCAAUCUCUGCUCCAAUGAACUCGCUCUGUCUCAACCUCUCGACCAUCAUGGAAACCCUCUUCCUUCCUUCAAGAAAUUGGACUGUCUCUGUUUGCAGGCAGCAUAUCAAGCAUGGAGAGAAGCUUUUGUUAUGUAUCCUUGGCCUCUUGUUAAGCGUGUAAAAAGGUGCUGGGACAGAAUAAAAACCUGGCUGACUAAUAAUUUUCCAGAAGCUAGGGCCACUCUUUGUAAAGGUGCAACAGAAGCUGAGAUUGAGGAGUUGGAGAACGUCUUAAAAGUGAAAUUGCCUCUUUCAACAAGGAUCCUUUAUCGCUUUCAUAAUGGGCAAGAAAUUGCAAAAGCAGAUCCUGCAUCUAAUACACUUGGCAGUUCCUUGGGUCUAAUUGGGGGCUACUGCUUCUAUGAUUAUUUGGUAAAUGUUUAUCUAUUACCUAUAAGUCAGGUAAUCCGAGAAACUCAGCAAAUUAGGCGUCGCUUAGGCUUUGUAAGAAGAUCCAAGUAUGUCCUUGUGGCUGCUUCAUCCACAUACAGUUUAAAGUUGUUUUUCCUCAACUGCACCAAUGGUCAACUAUAUGUUGGAACCAGGAAUCUUCUUACUGAUAGAGACAUAAUCCCUUGUGUACCUCAUGAUUUGAUUAGCUUAUGUCAUGAGUUAAAUAGUGAACAGCAACAAGAUGCCAUGCUACUGUGGUUAGAAGAACACGGUCGCCGUUUAGAACAUGGCUUUAUCAAACUUCAUGACGAAGGAAAUGGCAGAGCCAUUAAUCUUUUCCCAGAUGAACCACCUCAUUGUUCAACAGCUGUAACUAAUGGCGUGAAGGUUCGCGCUUCUGCGUUGGUUAUCCCUGAGUUGAUUGAUCUGCAUAAAGACCUUGAAAAGUACAUGUUUGCAUAUUCAAUUCGCUUGUCCCUUGAACCUCAAGGAUGCAUCAUCAAUGGAUUGUCCUACAGCUCUUGCCAGCUUUAUUGGAGGCGCUGGAUCAUCUGUGCCAAUGAUAAUGUAGUAUCUGAUGUCAAUGGAGAAGCUGUUAUAGGACAGUUUCCACUUUUGCGUCCAGGUGCCAAAGAAUUUGUUUAUCAGAGUUGCACGCAUCUACCAACACCAUCAGGUUCCAUUGAAGGUUCUUUUACAUUUAUACCUGGCAGAUUGGCAGACCCAAAAGGAGACCCUUUCCUAGCUACAGUUGCACUCUUCCCGCUCCAGCUGCCAGACUAUAUUUUCUGAUUUUGAUUCUGGAUGAGGUUGAAGUAUCUCUAAUGGCAAUGCAGCUCUUGGGUAUUGUUUGACUGCAUUUUCAUUUUCGAGAGUUGCCUGGUUGUUGUGAGAGUUAUAUAAAUUGGACAUGCACAUUUCUCUAUAUAUUUUGUCUAUAUAUUUAUAUAUAUAUCUGUGGCUGUAAUAAUAUUGGAUUUCUUUCGUUCUUGAUUUGUCUCACAACUUUCUAGCCCUUAUUUGCUGUACAAAUUUAUAUGCAAUUCAAUGGUAUAUAGUUGUUAUGGAAUGUGUCUGUGACGUGGUGGUUUGAAAUGUAAUAUUUACGAUUAGUUGUUGACGUAAAGGAACAACAGAGAAUCCGAUCCAUCUGCUUUUGUUCUCAAAAGUGUAUUAUUCUAGUAUCA